AAAACUCGUCACGGCAGGCAACUUGAAGAACAAACGGCCCAACAAGCCACUUGCGCCAAUGACAACUCCACAAUCUUAGUUGCUUUUACCGAAGAACCAUGGCCGACGAUGAAGUGCAAGUAUUGAAUGUGGUGGUGGAUCUGACCAAUACGCCUCCUGGAAGGUCUCCCAAGACUAUGUCGGGUGUCAAACGAAAACCAAGCCAUAUGCAACGCAAGACGGUCCGGUUCGCCACGGUUCUAGAGACAGUCCACCAACUGCCAUCGUUUGUCGAAGGACAAGACCCUGCCGACAACGAAGACGAAGAGAAAACUGGCGAAAAAAUAACAAGACUCACGAGCGAGUUCAUAGUACUGUCCUCCAAGCAUGGUAGAGAGCGUCGAGAGCUGCGAGAGAUUGAUGUGCAUGAUUUGAAGGCUGCUGUCAAGUACGGAGUCAAGACACCAGGGUACCCAUGCCGGAGAACAGGCCGGGCUUCAUGGAAGUACACAUAUGGAAACAUUGUCUAUGUUACUGACGCCACAAGUACCCGAGAAAUCACUUCGUACAAGCAACCCAUUUCCAUUUCACGGGCACCCAUAUCCGAUGAGAUGCUGCAACAGCACAAACAGGAUCUCAUGACCCUGCGCCACGAUCCACAUGUUUGUGCGACACAUUCCGUCAUCAUUGUUGAUCAGAGCGGGUCUAUGAAAAAAUCUGAUGUCAAGGGAUUCCGAAAUCGAUCGCAGGCUGCUUACGGAGUCCUAGCAUUGGAGUAUAUUGCGGAGCAAUUGUAUCAGCGUGGAAAUGACAAGAUUCUCGACGCGGUUUCAGUGAUUGAAAUGAAUGACAACGGCACCUUGAUUUUCGACCGACAGCCCAUGGAUUGGAUCCUGUUCAAUAAUCUCCUGGAUCGUCAAACAAAUGCCAUACCCGAGUCCCAUGGCAACUACUAUUAUUCACUGAAUGUGGCCGCCGAUCUUAUCAACCGUGAGACUCAGUCGGCGGCGCAGGACUUGGAUCCCGAGGACUUGCCAUCGUAUGCAUGCAUUUUCCUUUCCGAUGGAAAGCCAAGUGACUACGACCCCCUGUUUAUUGGUUUGCAGCAACAAGUGCUUCAGGGACUCGCCGACAACUUGAAGGACAACUUUAGCUUUCACGCCAUUGGAUUGGGGCACUCGGACUCGGACUUUCGGGCACUGCAGCGUUUGGCGUUGGCCGUCGAAGAGCGUGGUUCCACAGGGACCUAUCGAUUCGCUGCUUUAUCAGGAGCUCAACUUACCGGCGCGUUCACUACUGUUGCCACGAGUGUCACUGCCACCAGAACUGAGAAAACUGCUGGGGGGCUCACCAAGGCACCCCGAGAAAAGAAGACUGUGGAGCUUCGAAGCAAGUCAGUUCCCACCUCUGAGCGCAAGUUCACGCGAUACCUCGAUGGCAUUUCUCGCUGGGGCUAUGAUCACCAAAAAUACCGUAACAAAGACAGCUGGCCUUGGAAGCAGAUGAAGUUUCGACAUGCUAACUCUGUGGGCUUUGACAUUGAAAAGUCUCCGUUUGGACAGGGUGCCGAGCGUUUGGCAUACAUGUUCUAUGAAGUCAACGGGCAGCGCAAGCGAGUGGGGAAGGCCAUGGUUGCCAAGGAAACCAUUUCCUUGGAGGACGAGGAACGGAGGGUCAAGUUUCACGAAACGUUUUGCCGUGUACAGCAGAAGUCCAACGAGUUUGCGCAAAGCUUCAAUCGGGAAGUCAAGAAAACACCCGUCCUGCUUCCAGUCGACUCGUCUCAGAGAACCCCUGAUAUUCGCUUCUUGGACUGCUGUGUCUACGAAUACAUUGAUGAUGACGGUACUGCUUGCGGACUUCUAGUGGAAGGUUUCCUCAAAGGAAAGUUCACCAAGUUCAACAGCAACAAUGGGUAUGUCAAGAAGCGGACGCCAAAUGAGCGCAAAUUGGAACUCGCCUGUGGGGAGGUAUUUCUAUCCGACUUCGUUCAGUCCUUUUCCCACUGGGUAUACGUCCAAACCGACCACAAACUCAUUGUGUGUGACCUUCAAGGUGUGCUCAAUGAAGAAGGUCGGCAUCCGAGGUUCGAGUUGACGGAUCCUUGCAUCAAUUGCAAGGAGAAGGGAAGCCGCAAGCUGUACGGUGGUACCAAUCUUGGAUUGAAAGGGCUCCGGGCUUUUCGAAAGCAUCAUGUAUGCACUGCUGUCUGCAAGGGCUUGGGACUUCCGCCGUUCUGAAAGAAUGAAUGAAAAUCAAAGAACACCUUGGAUUUUCUCCCGAGUAUGUCAAUCGCUAAUGGGGUUGAACAACGAGGUGGGGAAUGAAACUGAACCAACUUAACUACUAGGAACACUAUUUGCAUGU